UAUGAAUUCAAUGAUGAUGAAAGACAAACACAUAAAAACAAAUCAUUCACAAAUCUAAAAUAAAUAGAUAUAAAUAUAAGGUGUCAAUCGAAACGCAUAAUCUUAUCAAUUGAUUCGAAUUGCUCCAGUGUUUAUUUUGUUUUGGCGGUAUAUCGUUCUGUUUCAACAAAUACUCUUUGUUGUCAGUAUUAUUUUUCACAUUCUGUUUGUUGUGCUGACGGGCACCUUGCACCUAUAGAAUUGUCGCCAAUUAAACGUUUCGAACCGUGUUUUUGGUUUGCCCUUAAUUCAGUUGUUCAUAUACAGUUGUGCAUCAAGUAAAAAAAGCUCACAAUAAAAAAUAAAUAAAUAAAAUACACAUUAAAAGAAGUACAUAAAAAAAGGUAAAUAAAAAAGACAUUUUAUUAACACCAAAAAAGAGCGAGAAAACGUCUUUCGACGCUAUUCCAUUGUAUAAAUGUAUAAAAUUGUGCACGACAACUCAGCGAUAAGUGAAGAGGCAGAAAAGCGGUAGAUGUACAUUGAUUGAACACUCUUCUACGCUUUUUCGCGUUCUUGCGUAUAUGAUCCAAUUGAAAUAAGUUGAUAGUGAGAUAACAAUGAUAGAAGAUUCAAACACAGACAUCAUACAUUUACAAUGGAAAAUUGAAGUGGCACAUUGAAGUGAAUCGCAUUGAAUAUAUAUAUAUAUAAAAUACAAUCGGAUGUAUUCAAACCAAUAAAUCACACCUUACCAAUUUAAUUAGAUUUUCUAUUGAAUAAUAGCCAAUUAUUACUGUGAAUAAACAUAAAACAAAAAUAAAAUACUAUAUAAAUGUGAUAAAAAGAAAAUCCACAAACAACAACAAAAAAAUUACAAUUUUAUAAAAACGAACAACCUUUACAAUGUGUGGCCGGUUUAAACUGGAAUCGAUUUAUUAUUAAUUCAAUUGCAAAAGAAUUUCAAUUUAACGCAACACCAACAACCAUAAAUAUUGAUAUUAUAGUGCUAUACGUGAACGGAAGAAAGAAAAAGAGACGGAAUAAAAGAGAUAGAUAAUUCUAUGCACCUUUUAAGCAAUAUACUCAAAAAGAAGAAGAAGAAGAAAAAAAUCUACAUCUUAGACAGUAAAUACAGAAAUUCAUUUUAUAAUUUACGUAAUUUGAAUCGUUAAGCUUGGAUUGCGAGCUCAUACACACAAACAAAAACAGCGACACAACGUUGGCCAGUGAAUUUUGCAAGCGAUGAGGAAAUAUCUGCUGAACAUAAUUGUGUUAUUUGAAGAUUUUAUAAGCGACAAACGUAACCAAAGUUGUAGACGGUUUACGAGAGAACCCGGCCCAAUAAGUGUAUCCAAUAUGUAAAUAGUGAACAUUUUUAAAGAAAAUCCACCAUAAAAGGCAUCUAAUAUGUGUAUAUUCAAGAGUGAUUUUAAAAUUCAUUAGACUAAUUUUUAAAAUUGAAAGAAAAAGGAACUCAAAUGUAAGAGUCAAACUAUAAUCACAGCUGAAGAAAGACGACGAAGACGAAAAAAAAAUCAAGUUUUUUUUUGUUAAAUUUAUCAUUUCCGUUUGUUAUUGUUGUUGUUAAUCCAUCCGAUGUAAUCGGUCAAAAUCAAAUGUAAGCAGAAAACGAGUGUUGUGUUUCGUGAAUGCGAGAGAGUGGAACGACGUUGAAGACGGGCUGGAUUGGCCGGAAGUUGUGAAUAAAAAAUAAUCGUUGGAUGCAUUAUCGAAAUAAAUAACGCUUGAUGCGUUAUCGACCAAUAGAAUAAUUAAAUAAAUUAUCUAAAAUUCAUCCUUCAAUCAGCUAGUGAAGAGAAAAGCAAAAAAGUUUUCAAAUUGAAAAGGUACUAAAAUACCCACAGCAGCAGACCUCAUCGACAAAUCGUCAACGAAUAACAUCAAUUGUGCUUAAGGUGUAGUCAAUUUUAAUUUACGAAUUUUACGAAAAAUUCAACCAAAAAAACCGCCAUCGUCAAUCGUCUGUCGAUGUGUGUAUGUGUGUGUUUGUGCAUCGAUUCGAAUUCGUGAAAGUGACAAAUCAAAAUUGUUUAUCUAAUAAAAAUGACUACAUCUAGCUCCGUACCAUCAUCUAAUGUUUGUGGCACAACAUUAAAUUUCAAACAACAAUCGACUGAAUCGCGUCAACAAGAACAACAACAGCGCCGACGCCGACGAUCAUCAUCGACAUCGUCGUUGACGGCACGAAAAUCAACGAUUCGCGAUAAUCUAAUGCGUUUACGUCGGUUUUUAAUCGGCGGCACAAUGCAUUUACGUAAAAAUCGCUUUCGCCAACAAAAUGAUUGUGAAUUUUUUGAUAAUGAUGCAAACAUUAUGGCAUUGUCAUUGUCGUGUACUGCUGCUGAUGAGGAAAUUGUACCGUUAAGUCCAAAUCGUGCUGAACGUAUAGUUUGUAAGAAUAGUCUGGGUGUAGAAAACAGUACACAUCCAGAACAUACCGAAUAUUUAGAACAAAGAGCCGAGCUCUUAAAAGGAAAUGAAUCCAAAUCAUCACUUCCUACCUCGAAAACUUUACCGGCAAAAACAACGGCCAUUUUAAAUGUGGGCGAAGACGAUGAGAUCACAAUUACUGGCUAUGAGCGCUCAAUUGUAAAAACAAUACUUACAUGGAUUGCAUUUAUACUUUCGGCCGGUCUAAUUCGAUUAUUUAUGCAUUGGCGCCGACACUGGCUACUCUUUGCAACACAUCGACCAUGUGAUUUAAAUGUGGCGAAAAAAAUUCUGAUUCGUGAAUAUUUUGAAGGCAAACACACCGUACAUUAUGUGAAAGAUGUAAUCACCAUGGAUGCUGAAUGGUUCCAGAAAAUACGUGCUAAACGAAGCGGAAAAAAUGAAUUUAUGCCAUUCGAUGAAAGCGAUACAGCGUCCGAUUUUGAUGAGAAAAAUUUUCAUUUAUCUAUACAUUUAUCGGGUGGAAUAUUUCAAAAUUUCGAUUCAUUGCGGUUGUUCAAAUGCAAGCAAUUGCGUUAUAUUUGGGAUGAGCGGUCGUCAUCGUUUGUAAAGCUACAAGGACUCGAUGCAAAUGUGCCAGCCACAUUAUUGCAUCAAUUGAAAGGAUUGGAUGUGCAUACACAGCGUGCACGCCAAUUAGUUUAUGGCCUAAAUCAGAUUUUCAUACCGCUGAAAAGUGUCUUAACAUUACUAUUUCUAGAAGCAUUAAAUCCAUAUAAUGUGUUCCAAGUAUUUUCGGUUGGUUUAUGGUUUUCCUACAAUUACUAUUACUAUGCGGUUGUGAUUGUAUUUAUGUCCGUGUUUGGUAUCACAAUGUCAAUUAUUCAAACGCGAAAAAAUCAACUGGCCCUUUACAAAACGGUUAUGAAUCUCGAAACGGCCGUCGUUGUACGAGCAAAUGGAAAAUCACAAACAAUCGAUACCAAAUACAUAGUACCUGGUGACAUACUUGAAAUUCCAUCCAGCGGAUGUACGAUGCAAUGUGAUGCAGUCCUAUUGAGCGGCAAUUGCAUAUUAGACGAAUCAAUGUUGACGGGCGAAAGUGUACCGAUCACAAAAACACCAUUACCAUGCAUACGUGAUCUAAUUUUUGAUACGAGAGAACACAGUCGACACGUUUUAUUUUCUGGUACAAAAGUCAUUCAAACAAGAUAUAUUGGCACGGAAAAAGUGCUUGCCUGUGUUAUCAAUACUGGCAAUAUAACAGCUAAAGGUGGCCUCAUUCGAUCAAUUUUAUAUCCACCACCGGUUGAUUAUAAAUUCGAACAAGAUUCCUAUAAAUUUAUUGCAUUGCUUAGUCUUAUGGCCGCUCUUGGAUUUAUAUACACCGUUGUGUCAAAGGUUCAAAAAGGAAUUUCGGCCACAAAAAUUGCAAUCGAAUCAUUGGAUUUGAUAACGAUAGCCGUACCACCAGCUUUGCCAGCAGCGAUGGCUGUUGGCUCAUUUUAUGCUCAACGACGUUUAGAAAAGAAUAAAGUGUUUUGCAUUUCACCGCGAUCAAUCACAGUGGCUGGCAGCAUUGAUUGUGUAUGCUUCGAUAAGACGGGUACGUUGACCGAAGACGGUCUGGAUAUGUGGGGUGUUGUUCCAACAUCGUCGACGAAUCUAUUCCAAAUUCCAUUGCGUGAAAUUGAGCGUUUGCCUUAUGAUCAUUUACUUUAUGGAAUGGCCACAUGUCAUUCAAUAACCUUUAUGAAUGGCGAACUAAAAGGUGAUCCAUUGGAUUUGAAGAUGUUUGAGUCAACCAAUUGGAUUUUAGAAGAAGCAAAUAUUUCUGAUGACACCAAAUAUGAUCUUAUCUUUCCGACAAUUGUUCGGCCACGAAAAUCACCGCAACUCGUUGAUAAUAGUCGAGGUAGCAGCAUGGAUACGAUAAAUGAUUUGGAUCAAACACAAAAUCGAUCAUCAAAUUCUGAAUUGAAUGGUGACAUGGAUAUUGGUAUCGUUCGUGAAUUCCCGUUCACAAGCUCAUUGCAACGGAUGGCAGUAGUGACGCGAAAACUUAUGGAUAAAAAUUUCAAUGUCUAUUGUAAAGGAUCUCCCGAAAUGAUACAGACACUAUGCAAACCAGAAUCAAUACCGAAUGAUUUCCAUACAAAAUUGGAUGUGUAUGCUCAACAAGGCUACCGUAUCAUUGCCAUGGCCUAUAAAAGUUUAAAUAAAAAGGUGUCAUUUACAAAGGUGCAGCGACUAUCACGCGAACAAAUUGAAUGUGAUUUGACAUUUUUGGGUUUUGUCAUAUUGGAGAAUCGCUUGAAACCAGAUACAAUUGACAUAAUCACAAGUUUGAUGACAGCGAACAUUCGAACCAUUAUGGUAACCGGUGAUAAUAUUUUGACAGCAUUGAGCGUUGCCCACGAUUGCGAUAUGAUUCCAACUGGUCAAGAUGUGAUUAUUGUGACAGCAAAACAAAAGCAACUCCAUUCAACCGAUUAUGAGCUUAUCUAUCAUUUAACGGGGCCAUCAGGCAACAAUAAUCAAUUAAGCGCACCAGCUUUAAUGAAUAAUGCCACAAUAAAUACAACAACCACAACCAUAAAUACCAUCAACACAACAGAAAUACCAAACAAUGUAAUGUUACCAUUGAAUUUAUCGGCCGCACACUUACAGCAGCUGCACAACGAUCAAUUGAAAACGAAACCGAACGGUUUCAUUGUAAACGAACGAAAUACGGCUAUCGAAAAUGGCACCGAUUACAUGUUGAUGACAAAUAGCAACAGUAUUGCAAGCUUAGAAACCGUCGAUACAUGCACACAAACGACACAAAUCACACAUCGUGAUCUUGAAAUGGGAAACGAUAACACCAAAUUACAUCAUAAUAGUCAUAAUAGUCAUCAAUAUGAAGGCUAUGAUGAUGUGGAGAAUACAUUUAUGGCGCCUCAGUUACCAAACAAUAAUUAUCGAUUUGCAAUGACUGGAAAAACGUGGACCGUGAUACGUGAUCAUUUUCCCGAAUUGUUGCCAAAAUUUGUGACACGUGGCACUGUAUUUGCUCGCAUGUCACCGGAUAAUAAACAAGCCUUAGUAUCGGAAUUACAAGAAUUAGGUUAUUAUGUUGCAAUGUGCGGUGAUGGUGCCAACGAUUGUGGUGCAUUAAAAGCAGCACACACCGGAAUUUCACUGUCGGAAGCCGAAAGUUCGGUUGCAUCACCGUUUACAUCGAAAAAUCCAACGAUUGCAUGCGUACCGAAUGUCAUAAAAGAGGGCCGUUGUGCAUUGGUCACAUCGGUGGCCAUUUUUAAAUACAUGGCCGCCUAUUCACUUGUCCAAUUAAUGUCUGUACUUACACUGUAUACAAUCGAUUCAAAUUUGACUGAUAUUGAAUAUUUAUACAUCGAUUUGUUUAUGAUUUCGAUAUUUGCAUUUUUCUUUGGCAAAACGGAAGCAUAUGUAGGACCAUUAGUUAAACAAACGCCAUUAAAUUCAUUGAUAUCUGUGUCGCCGAUUGCAUCGCUUGUAUUGCAUUUAUCGAUUGCGUUUGGCUUUCAAAUGCUUGGCUGGUAUUAUUUGCAGGCGCAAACAUGGUUUAAACCAUUUGUCUACAGCGAUGAUGAUAAAUUUAAGCACGGUUGCUAUGAAAAUUAUACCAUUUUCGUAAUAUCAUGUUUCCAGUACAUCAUAUUGGCUGUGGUCUUUUCAAAAGGUGCUCCAUAUCGUAAAUCGAUAUUUACAAAUAUCGGUUUCAUUUGCAGUCUUCUCAUCAAUGCUGUGGUUACCGUGGUGUUGGCCGUAUAUAAAUCGGAUCAAUUUAUUGAUUGGUUUGAUUUGCUUUAUCCACCCGACGCGACAUUUUGUUAUACAAUUGUCGGUUUUGGUUUGGCAAAUUUUCUUAUUUCAAUGUUCAUCGAGUAUUAUCUCAUUGAGAAUUUACUGUUUCGACGUUUGCGCUAUCGGUUUCAUAAUAUCGAAAAAUCACGUCGUAAAUUCUUGUCAAUUGAAAAUAAUCUACGAAAAACACCAUCAUGGCCACCGAUCAGUCCUAUGUUCGGAAAUGAUUCAAACGAUAUCGGUGGAUCCGGUGGCGGAGCAUCAGCAUCGACACCUUCAUCGGCGGUGGCCACGGUUACAAAUAAUAGCGAAGAAGAUCAUCAAUCGCCGAAAUCAUUUACGGAAAUUUGCGUUGAAUCUGAUCUGAUGACGCUCAACAAUUGCAAUAGUGUAUUAAAAGGUUUCUUUGAAGAUUUUGAUAGUGACAAUGAGAGCAGAGCUGAAGAUGACUAUGAACAGGACAGUGACAAUGAAACGGAAAUAAUUUUACAAUCGACCGGAAAUAAUCCGCCGAUUGCAAUUUCCGAAAAUAAUGUCAUUGAUAAUAGUGAUAAAGAGAAUCAACGAUCGCCUUCAAUAACCAAUAGCAAUGACACUAAUUCAAUUAAUUCACCAAAUAGAUUCUUAUUGAAUAAUAGCCAUUCAGAGAUGACGAUUCCACCAUCGUCGCCGCCAUCCACGCCACCAGAAUCGGCAACACCUGAGUCCAAUUCCACCACCAAACCGUUUACCAAUCACAUUCAAAGCAAUCAUUGCGAUAACUUAACGAAUAAUACACAAAUCAAUCAUAUUUUGGCGACAUCGAACAGCUGAAAUUUACUUCAACAACUAUUGCACUACAUUAUUUGAUACUAGCCAUACUAAGUAAAAUUACAUUUCAGCUGCUCAAACGCAUUUUAAACAGCGCUCAUUCGAUCGCCCUACUUCGUUAAUUCCGAUAAUGUAAAUGUGACAAAAAAAAAGAAAAAAACAACAACACCAACCACAUCUCAACACAGUCCGAUUAAAACAAUUGUAUAAAAUUUUGAGUCAAUGAGCAUAAUUCAAUGAAAACGAUUGAUCGUGCACUUAGAUAGAAAGAGACAGACAGUGAAAAGAAGAAAUCAUAAAUUUUGAGUCAAUCGAAUUUUUAGUUUUGUUUAUUUUUAUUAAAUCUUCGUCAUUUCUUGUAUAAAUUGAACCAAUAUCGGCACCGAUACCAAUCGAGGAAAUUAUUCGGUUCGUGUGUUUUCUUGUCUCCGCUGUUAUUUUUUAGAUUUGAUUUCAAUGGAUGUACUUAUUCGAUAUAUUUGUAAAUCUAAGAAUUGACACUUAUUUUUCUUGCGAAAACAAAAAAAAAAAAAAACAGAA